AUGAAAGCACACACUGUAGCUCGUGGUUGCGUUUUAUCAGCGUUAAAGGUCAAAAUUAGCAUAUUUUUAAAACCAUCGUGAUUUAAUAAAAUAUUUCGAACAAGGAAAAUGUUUUCUUAAUAAAGUGUCUGUUUUGUAUCAAUUAAUGACCGUUGUGUGAUAUCAAAGCGCGGCCAUUCAUCUAAGACUAGCCAACACUGGACAUGGUAUACUGUAGUACACAAGCGUGUGCGCCAACAGAGGAACACUACUUCACUCUCAUAAUCAGGCAAAUCCACGAUCGGAAAGAAUUCUGACGACUGUGUUUUUAUCGGCCAGCCCGGGGCUUGAAAGCAAGAACUUGGUACACACAUUCGUACACAUCGUUAAAAAUACAUCAAUAUGUUAAGAAUAUUUGCUCUUUUAUUUUUAUUCUCUACCGCGUCUGCUCUUGAAGGAGAUGAAGCGUUACAAGACGUCUUCGAACAAGUUCUUGAGAAUAAUAACCCGGCCCAAAUGAAUUGUUCCAAUAUCGAAGGGACUGGGAAAGGAUGCUACGAGUGCUACGUGUGUUCUGAUGCGGAAGUAGAACGACAGAGGAGUAGAGGAAAAAUUAAAACUGAAUUUCGGUUACACGACAACAAAUGCUCGAAGACCGACAUAUGUUGUUUUUCGCAAUCACAGAACACUUUCAGGUCAGGAGGUGCCAACUGCGGUAAUAGCAACCCUGAAGGUUACCCUCGGGCGGUGAGGAGCGCUUUGAAAUCAGUUCUCCCUGGGGAGUACCCAUGGAGAGCUUGGAUUCACAGUAAAACAGAACCCAAUGUACCUCUGUGUGCUGCUGUCUUCAUCAGCGAAGAGUCACGUGCCCUUGUGACGUCAGCGUACUGCAUCGAGCAAUAUCCCGCAGAGUCCUUGAUCGUUCGCUUCUCAAAAGACCAUUACAUACCUUACGAUGUCAAAAGGGUAUAUAUCCACGAAUACUUUGACAGCGAAACCCGAUACAAUGACAUAGCAGUUCUUGGUUUGACGUAUUUCAAUUCACUACCCGUGUGGGUUAAGCCAGUUUGCCGGUCAGAAACGAAAGGUCUUUUCGCAACAUCCUGUGUUGCUGUUUCCGGUGAAGAUUAUUACGUCAAUACAGUUAUACCGCAACAGAGCAAGUGUGUGGAGGGCAGCAUCCCCUUAGAUGACUCUUUCAUAUGUACAAUAGCAGCACGGAACGAUUACGAACCGGAAGUGGGGGGAGGUUUGAUCUGUCCUGAAGAGGCUGUGAAAACCAUGUACUACACAGCAUACGGAAUCACCCUGUAUCGCAGCGGAAACACGUCUAUUAUGAUACAUACAAAUGUCACACACUUCCACGGUUGGAUUCAAGAUCAAAUUGAUAAAUUACUUGAAUGAUUUAAAUAAAAAAAUGGUUAA